AUGACGCUUGAUGGUGCGUCACAAUCUCUAUGUCAUCAAGAUUUUUUUAGCUACCCCUAUAUAUAUAUAUAUAUAGAGAGAGAGAGAGAGAUAUCAGUCAUUUCCCCGUCCCUACGCCACCACCCAAAAAGAAAAAUAGAGGAACACUAUUGCAACACAGACAAUAACAGUAACAGCGGCACCACAACUCCGUCCUCUACCGCCGCCGUUGGCGGUGGUGCGACCUUUCCUACUAGCUCCGCUCCUCCGGCGGCGGGCGUGAUUCUCAGUCCCUGCGCCGCAUGCAAGAUCCUCCGACGCCGCUGCGUCGAGCGGUGCGUCCUGGCGCCCUAUUUCCCCCCGACGGAGCCGCUCAAGUUCACCAUCGCCCACCGCGUCUUCGGCGCCAGCAACAUCAUCAAAACCUUACAGGAACUUCCGGAGGAUCGGAGAGCGGAUACAGUGAGCAGUAUGGUUUACAAGGCGAACGCGAGGAUUAGGGAUCCGGUGUACGGUUGCGCCGGCGCCGUUUGUCAGCUGGAGAAGCAAAUAAACGCGAUGCGAGCUGAGUUGGCCAAGGCCGAGGCGGAGAUGCUGAAUUUACAAUGCCAAAAUGCCAAUUUGAUCGCUUAUGUUGAUUGGAGGUUGCCGCCGCAGCAUGAUGAUAUGUCGAGCCACCGAAACACCGCCGCCUUCUUCUCGCCGGAAGAUGCCAAUGUUUGUGCAGCGCGCGCCGGGACGCCACAGCUUUAAUUCGGAGGCGAUAUGAUCCAAUAUAUUUCAUGCUGCAUUUUUUUAAAUUGAAUUUUCAUCAUUUUUUUUAAUAGUAAAUUAACUCCCAAUAUUAACGCUA